UUUUAUUUUUUAUGUUUUUGUAAAAACAACAAAAUUAUUUUUAUAUUAUUUUUUCUAUUUAAUUCGCGUGUAAGUACAAAGAUAAUUCCCUACACAAAUAAUAAUUCCUGCACUAAUCUUUUACAUAUAAUUUUUUUUGCUUUUUUUAAUUCUGUUGUUGAUGGAAGGUAUUUAUUAAAAGGUGAGUUGUUUUUUAAAAAUAAUUAUAAUAGGUAUUUUUUGGGUAUUUUCUAUUUUUUAAUCGGAUUUUAAAUUAAAGAGAAAAAAAUUUACAGCUUGGCUAAACACAGGGAAAACAUAUGUGUUUACAGAGCUCAACAAUUUUAGUGCUUUUCUCGUAAAUGCUGACAGAAACUCGCCGAAUAUUUAAAUCUUUCAAAUGAUGUCCUCAAAAAGAAGACGGGUUAUUCGAACUAUUUUUCCUUUUAUUAUUUUACUUGUUUCUACACUAAUUAUUUUUAACACUUUAUUAUUCAAAAACAAUGAAGAUAUUGGUGGAGAACAAAAUUUAAAAUUGUUUGAGAUUGAGAAAGAUUUUAAAUGGAAAAAAGGAGAAUUUGCUAAAAAUGAUGGGGAAAAACAGCAGGCUUGUAAAAUUCCAAAACUUGAAGUUAACGGUUCUGAAGUGAUUAAAUUUUAUAAAAAAUAUCCUCCAUUGGAUUGUACCAAGAGGAAGCCUAAACCUUGGGUUCAUAUUGAUGAGGAAAGGAGAAUACAACCGACAGAAUAUGCAAAAAGUAAAAUUGGUCUUCACAAUAUAAACUGUAAUUGGGCAUUUUAUAGUCGAAAAACAGAUUCAGAACUUUUUUGGACAGAAGAAGAAAAUAUUAGUUUUGGUGUUAAAAUUGAAAAGGGGGAUUAUGUUAAAAUAAGUUGUAUGGCUGGAAGUAGACAAUGGAGUAAUCCAUUUAUGGUUGUUGUUCCAAAAAAUAAAGAAAAGACGAAGAAGCACCCCAAUGCAGCAAAUAAUCAUCUUCAAAAUUCUUCUACAGACCCAAUAAAUGUUUAUAUACUUUCAUUUGAUUCACUUUCACAAAUGUCUUUUAGACGUAAUUUGCCUAAAACUGUCAAAUUUUUGGAAGAAAAUGAUUUUGCUGUUUUUAAUGGUUAUAAUAUUGUUGGAGAUGGAACACCUCAAGCAUUUAUUCCAAUUUUGACUGGUUUUACAGAGGAGGAAUUGCCACUCACUCGUAAGCGUUAUUCAUCUGCUCAUUAUGUCGAUGAAGUUUAUCCUUUUGUUUGGAACAAUUUUUCAGAUGCUGGGUAUGCUACAAUGUAUGGGGAGGAUGGACAUUCUUUUGGCACCUUCACUUAUCGUUUAAAAGGUUUUCGAAAUUCCCCAACACAUCAUUAUCCAAUCACUUUUUUUCAUUAUGCCGAAACUGUGGAUAAUUCUAGAGUUUGUAUUGGGGCAGAAAAACAACACGAGGUCUGGUUUCGUUAUAUCGAAUCAUUUUGGAAUGAAUAUUCAAAAUUACAAAUUCCCCGUUUUUUAUUAAUGCAUCACUCUUAUUUGUCUCACGACGAUAUAAAUAAAGUCCAACAGGCUGAUGAUGAUUUGUUUGUUCAUUUGCAAAAAAUGAAAAAAAUGGGUGCUUUUGAUAAUUCUUUGUUUAUUGUGAUGGCAGAUCAUGGAAAUAGAUUUGCAAAAUUGAGAGAAACACAUCAAGGUCAGUUAGAAGAAAGACUUCCAUUUUUCUCUGUACAUUUUCCUCAAAAAUAUAAACAAGUUUGGUCAAAUAUAAAAAUAAAUUCUGUGGAUAGACUUGUAACACCUUUUGAUUUUCAUGCAACAUUAAUGGAUAUUUUUAGUUGGCCAAAACUUGGAAAUGAUUAUUUUUCAAAUAAAUUGGUGACUUCAACUUCUAAAGAUUUACAAUUUCCUAUGAACCGGGCAAUUUCUUUUUUGCGUGAAAUUCCAUUGGAAAGGACUUGUGAACAAGUAAAGUUUUUGUUUUUAAAUAAAAAUCAGGCCCGUAGCCAGGGGGGGGGGUAG